AAAACCAAGUGUAUAGAGUAUAGCAUACCCUCUUAGAUGGCAAUUCAUGGUCAAAAGAAGAGAGAGUAGGAGAGACCAUCAAACAGAGCGAGAUGACGACUUUGGAAUUACAGCAGCUAAAUAGCUUGGACGCUUCUGACUUCAAUCACACUCCCUGUUACUGUGAGGAGAAUGUGUAUUUUCUUUGCAAGAAACUUUGCUCUAAUGGGAUAGCCGAUGCUCAAGGGUCUGAUCUUUUCGUCGUUUUCAUUUCCAAUGACAAUAAACAGGCAUAUUCCACUGUGGCAUCAAAAGGCUAGCAAUAGGGCAGAUGGUGUAAUCCUCUGGGAUUACCAUGCUAUUUGCAUUCAGAGAAAAAGAGAUGGUGACACUCAUUUAGUAUGGGACUUGGAUUCAAGUCUUCCCUUUCCUUGUCCUUUAGCUACGUAUGUGUCUGAAACUGUCCGGCCAUCUUUUCAGCUCUUUUCAGAAUUUCAGAGGUUUUUCCGGGUUGUGCAUGCUCCAAUAUUCCUUCGUCACUUUGCAUCUGAUAGAAGACACAUGAAAGAUUCUGAAGGGAAUUGGACCGCUCAACCUCCUACAUAUGAAACCAUAGUUGCUGAAGAUGGAUCUGUGCACAACUUAAAUGAGUACAUUGAGAUCCAUGCUGCAGAUGUGGGAAAAAACCUACCAGCUGAUUUGACCAGUGCUGUUUAUAGUCAGAAGCAUGGUGUGGUUAUUGGUGAAGCACAGCUUGAGGAAUUCUUUUCUCAAAUUUCUUGAUUUGGUGGAUAUUUUUAGCUAGUAGAAGCCAACAACUGGCACGUUUGAUGCAUCAUCUUCAAUACUUAGAACAGCCACUGUACGAAUGUGUUUUGAUAGCUGUAUGUGUUGUGUGCACCAGACUGCAAAAAUGACGGCGAGCAAACUUGAUGGAAUAUUGUUCAUAUAUAUUAUAUACAAGAUGGAGUAAUCUUACUUCAUUUCAUUUUCCAUUGGAAUGAAAUAAUUUUUGGUC